GCUGCUUGCAGUUGGGCACCUACGAAUGAAGACAGCAGCCUUUCUGAUGUAUAGUGUCUUGCGCUGAUAACGGAAAACUGCUGAAGUCAUGAGGCUGCUCCAGGCAAAGCCCUCAUGUGAGUCAUAUGAAACCUCCAGCAAUUCUGACCUCUGGCAAAAAGAGAGUGAACAAGGUCAGGAGAGGCAGAGGAGGAGAGGUUCAAGUGUGGAUUUUCUCCUUGAACCUAGAAGAUUAUGGGUCAGGAGCUGUGUGCAAAGACUCUACACCCUGGAUGCAGCUGCUAUCGUUGUUCAGAGAGAAGCAAGGCACACAGUUGUCAGAGGACUCAGCCUGUGACGAUGGAGGCUGCGGUCGAGCUAACAGACCUAAAAGAAGCAUCAUGUUCCAUGACUUCAUUUCACCCCGAGGGACUUCAAGCUGUCCGUGCCCGGAAGUUUAAGAGUAAAAGGCCACAGAGCAACAGCAAUUCUUUUCAGGAAGGGGAUCUGAAGCAGAGUUUGCAGUGGAGGAAGAGUCUCCCUUUUGGGGUGGCCUCGUCUUACUUGAACUUGGAGAAGAAGCUAGGUGAAGGUUCUUAUGCUACGAUUUACAAGGGGAUUAGCAGGAUAAAUGGACAACUAGUGGCUUUAAAAGUCAUCAGCAUGAAUGCAGAGGAAGGAGUCCCAUUUACAGCUAUCCGGGAAGCGUCUCUCCUAAAAGGUUUGAAACAUGCCAAUAUUGUGCUCCUGCAUGACAUAAUCCACACCAAAGAGACACUGACAUUCGUUUUUGAAUACAUGGACACAGACCUGGCCCAGUAUAUGUCUCACCAUCUGGGAGGGCUUCACCCUCACAAUGUCAGGCUUUUCACGUUUCAACUUUUGCGGGGCCUGGCAUACAUCCACCACCAACACGUUCUUCACAGGGACCUGAAACCUCAGAACUUACUCAUCAGUCACCUGGGAGAGCUCAAACUGGCUGAUUUUGGUCUUGCUCGGGCCAAGUGCAUUCUCAGUCAGACAUAUUCUUCAGAAGUUGUAACUCUCUGGUACCGCCCUCCAGAUGCCUUGCUGGGAGCCACUGAAUAUUCCUCCGAGCUGGAAAUAUGGGGUGCGGGCUGCAUCUUUAUUGAAAUGUUUCAAGGUCAACCUUUGUUUCCUGGGGUUUCCAACAUCCUUGAACAGCUGGAGAAGAUCUGGGAGGUGUUGGGAGUCCCUACAGAGGAUACUUGGCCUGGAGUCUCUAAGCUACCUAACUACAAUCCAGAAUGGUUCCCACUGCCUAAACCCCAAAGCCUUCAGAUGGUCUGGAACAGGUUGGGCAGGGUUCCUGAAGCUAAAGACCUGGCCUCCCAAAUGCUGAAAGGCUUUCCUCGAGCCCGGGUCUCUGCCCACCAAGCACUUGUUCAUGAUUAUUUCAGUGCCCUGCCAUCUCAGCUGCACCAGCUUCCCAAUGAGGAGUCUUUGUUUACAGUUUCAGGAGUGAGACUAAAGCCAGAAAUAUGUGACCUUUUGGCCUCCUACCGGAAAGGUCACCACCCAGCCCGGUUUAGCAAAUGCUGGUGAAAAGAAAGGGAGUGAUCACCAGGAUUCUUCCAGGCAAGUGGUGACCCAACAGUGAGGCUCCUUGCGGCUGGAAUUGAAAAGUGAUCGCUGUCAGGUGGAGAAGAUAUUGUUCACGGAGUCAGAGCUCCUCUGUUCUGUGUCUGGCUCUUCAUCUCCAACUCUGGGGACAGGUGGCCUAGCUCUUCAGGCCUCCAUUUCCUGAGCUGUGAGAAAAGGAUCAUAACAUGCAUCACCUACCUGUCUCUCCUGCUCCCAGGGGAUGAGAAGGCUCCUAAGACAGAGCUUACAGAGCACUCUGGGACCUUCAAGGGGUGCUGGUGGUACAGUGGUUAAAGCACUAGGCUGCUAACUGAAAGGUUGGCGGUUCAAACCCAGCAACAGCUCUGUAGAGAAAGAUGUGGCAGUCUGCUUCCGUAAAGAUUACAGCCUUGGACACCCUAUGGGGCAGUUCUGCUCUGUCUUAUAGGGUCUCUAUGAGUCAAAAAUCGACUCGACGGCAGUGAGUGUGGUGGGACCUUCAGCUGAAACAUAUGAAAUAAAGGAUUAGAACUGAUAUGCUCCCUUAACUAGGUAGUUCUCUCUAUCAGUGGGUAUGACAAAAAUCGGCAGGGGGACCACCUCUUCCAAUUUGCCCAAGACUAAAGGGUUUCUUGGGAUGUGGGACUUUCAGUGUUAAAAUUAGGACAGUUUCAGGUAAAGCAGAUGGUUGGUCACCUUAGUGACACAAAUUACCACCUGGCCUGGCCUGCCCACAGGUGCCAGAGAAGAUCUGGUUCAACAAGUCUUUGGCCCUACCCAGAAGGUGAUUUUAAAGGCCAGUGAGAACCCAGACUUCAUUGCUGCAGGCUUCUCAGGCUACACCUUCUGUCCAGUUGGUCACAGGAAGUCCUUUCAUUUCGGGUCAGUGCUGGGGACCACAAGGGCCUGAUGGGGGAGGCAGGAGCCAUCACAGAUGUCAGAGAUGCAGCUGUUCCUGUGAGUCGCCUCAGUUGGCCUAGGGCAGCCUAGCCUUCCAAGGUAAUUUUGAAGAGGAAGGGGUGCUAUGGAGGAUUUUCUGAAAGUUACUGUUCCUAAAAGCAGUUCUUCUGGCAGGCACAGGAAGUCAGGUGGGAAAACUUCAAAAGCCACCAUAGUAAAGACACCCCUAGGUGUCACAAGGGUGCUUCCCAUACUGGAUCUUCCAUUCUGGGUAGAGGGGAUGUUGAUCUACAUAGAGUAACCAGGGUGGAACCCAUGUGCAGAGCCAGCCGGCCAGGACUUUGGUGACCUUAGCCAUAUCCUAAACCAUAAGCACUAUGGUUUGACUAUCCCUUUCUCAACCACUGCUUGGCCAUGCUUCCUAAUAGUACCUUUGGGGCCUAGAUGGUAACCACUGGCAUACUCCCUACACAUUCACACCUGACUUCAUUCACAGGGUAGGCAUCAGCUCUUUGCCACUUUCUCUUAGAUGUCUUAUCUUUGACUGUCACUACUAUUUAAAGGCAUAUCAAAAAUACCUGCUUUCUCUUUACAUGAACAGAUACAUGCACACCCCCGUUCACUGCAGCACUGUUUACAAUAGCAAAAAGGUGGAAGUAACCGAGGUGCCCAUCAAUGGAUGAAUGGAUAAAUAAAUUAUGGUAUAUUCACACAAUGGAAUACUAUGCAUCAAUAAAGAACAGUGAUGAAUGUGUGAAACAUUUCAUAACAUGGAGGAAUCUGGAAGGCAUUAUGCUGAGUGAAAUUAGUCAGUUGCAAAAGGACAAAUAUUGUAUAAGACCACUAUUAUAAGAACUCGAGAAAUAAUUUAAACAGGGAAGAAAAUAUUCUUGAUGGUUACAAGAGGGGGAGGGACGGAGGAAGGGUGGGAGAAGGGUAUUCACUAAUUAGACAGUAAAUAAGAACUACUUUAGGUGAAGGGAAAGACAACACGCAAUACAGGUGAGGUCAGCACAACUGGACUAAACCAAAAGCAAAGAAGUCUCCUGAAUAAACUGAAUGCUUUGAAGGCCAGUGUAGCGGGGUGGGAGUGGGGUUUGGGGACCAUAGUUUCAGGGGACAUCUAAGUCAAUUGGCAUAAUAAAAUCUACUAAGAAAACAUUCUGCGUCCCACUUUGGAGAGUGGCAUUUGGGGUCUUAAACACUAGCAAGUAGCCACCUAAGAUGCAUCAAUUGGUCUCAACCCACCUGGACCAAAGGAGAAUGAAGUACACCAUGGACACAAGGUAAUCAUGAGCCCAAGAGACAGAAAGGGCCACAUAAACCAGAGACUACGUCAACCUGAGACCAGAAGAACUAGAUGGUGCCCGACUACAACUGAUGACUGCCCUGAGAGGGAACACAACAGAGAAUCCCUGAGGGAGUGGGAUGCAGACUCCAAAUUCUCAUAAAAAGACCAGACUUAAUGGUCUGACUGAGACUGGAAGGACCCCAGUGGUUAUGGCCCCCAGACCUUCUGUUGGCCCAGGACAGGAACCAUUCCCAAAGGACUAUGGGAUGGAGAGGGAUGCUGGUUAGGAGUGAGCUUCUUGGAUCAGGUGGACACUUGAGACUAUGUUGGCAUCUCCUCCCUGCAGGGGAGAUGAGAGGGUAGAAGGGGUUAGAAGCUAGCAAAAUGGACAGGAAAAGAGAGAGUGGAGGGAGGGAGCAGACUGUCUCAUUAGGGGAAUAGCAACUGGGACUAUGUAGCAAGGUGUAUAUAAGUUUUUGUGUGAGAGACAGACUUGGUUUGGAAACUUUCACUUAAAGCAUAAUAAAAGUUAAAAAAAAAAAGCAAAAACCUACUUUCUGACUCUUCUAAGAUCAUUAUAUUUAGACAUUCGGGAAGAGGAGGGGAGUUUGGAAUUAAGGCAUUUCAUGAAAUACCAAAGUUUGUAUUUUGACAAUAUACAAUUAGAAUUAUAAUUGGCAACAAAAUAAUAUGGUUUUUCCCAAGUAAAAAUGUUUUUCUAGAGCAGAGUUUUUACUGUGUAACUAUGCCAUUUUAAACCCAGACUUAAAAGAACAGGACCACCCUUUUUUAUAAAGUGAAGGGUUUGCCCUCCGUGAGAUAAUGGUUAUCAAAGACUCUGAUGGAAUGGUCUUAGAUGGUGGUGCUCAAUAAACAUUAUUAUUAUUUCUAUUGUUGUUAUUAAAUUGUUUUACUAAGCAGUCAGAAGGUGGAGGGAUAAUCCUGUCUCUCUUAUCUACAGUGGCCUUGCAGAAAGAAUUGUUACCUGUAGACAUAAAUUGGUCAUAAUAGAAAAUCAAUUAACUGUAGCAUGUCAAGCUUGGUGCCUGUGCCAGGGACUGAGUAGGGAGGAGGCAGAUUUAGCCUCUAUUGGAAUAAUCUCAUGAUGUCCCUAGGCCCUUGGUAGUAAUGUAAGGAGAUAAAAGCCGUAGGAGAUGAACCACAAUAGGGAAAAGCUAGAGCAAUUAAACUGUUUAAUAAAUGGCUUGGGAUCAGCAAAAUCUGGGAGUGCUGGAAUUAAAGAGGAUGAAAGCAGUAAUCACACGGACAGUUGGGGUCUGUGAAUCUUUUCCGCUAAAUUGAAUUUAUGUUAAAAUAUUCUCUUUUCAGAAGAGUCAAAAUGUAAAUUGGGAUAUUAGGACUUGGCAACUGGUAGCAAUGCCUCAAAAUUGAGACAUUAAUCCUCAAAUGCCAGUUUCAGGUAUGAAAAAAAAAUUUCCACUGAUGUUUCCAACGUAGAACUGGAGGGGAGCUAAAGUUUACUGGGUCGUAUAUGCCACACACCAGUGCUACAGUGGGCACUUCACACAUCUUUCAAAGCUUGGCCUGAUUUGUACAGUGGAUUGUGGUGAGUUACAACUGUAGUUUGCACACACGAAGAUAGAGUAUGAUUAUUUUUAAAGUUGUCUUAGUUGUCAUUACCAGGGCAAGAAGCUGCCUCUGUUUCAAUUUGUCAUCACCUUUUCUAUCAAUAUCUAUGAUUCCAUCAAUUAUUUUGUGACCAUGUUUAACAGAUUUUCCUUACUCAGCGUGUACUAUAUUAUUCAUUACUUUGAUCUUAUUUAUUCUUUAUUCACAUCUAGGGCUACUUUGCUGCUAUUUCAGUUUUCAUUUGCUUCAGCUUACGAAGAAAUUUGAAAGCUAACUUCACACUGGACCAGGGAUUUUAUCACCUGUGACCUGGAAUAUUUUAACCAUUAUGUUCAAGGCAACAGCACAUAAUGCUUGAAGGAAAAGCAAUGGAAGGUUUUUGCUGUUGUCAUUCACCUAGAAUUUAACAUCUUGGAUCUAUGAUUGGCCCAAAAAUCAGACAUAGACUGAGAUAGCCUAAGAACAGGGCUUCUGAAUAAUUCCGUCUAUUUCAUCAUUUGAUAGAUCCCUGGGCCAGAAGGUCGGCUUCCCAAUAGGACAGAUGGGAAACUGACAAUUGAGAGAAUUUGGAGACAGAGCUGGUGCUUACGGAAGCCUGUCACUCCUGUGUUCACUUACAAUUUCCCCCAACAAAAGGACUUCUGUGGCAAGGAGAGGAUUAGUCUAAAGUUUAGAAAAAUCUCCCAGGGAAGAUGGUUUCUUGGAUAAAGUUGUCAACAAAAGGACUUGCUUAAGACUAUUCGUUACGAUUUCCUAGGGGGCGCUUCUCCCAUCACUGACAGGAUUAUCAGAAUACCAGUUACACCCGCAUCCCACCCCAGCUGAGUUUUAGGAGUUUGGAUUGAGUUGCUGAUUAGAAUUGAAUUUCAGGCUAUCUCCUUUUACUGAAUCCUAAUUGUCUAUGAUGAUGACAAUAUGAUGAGGAAUCUAAGCCCUGAUUUGAUGGUGAAAAUACUGAGUAGAUAAAAAAAAUAGACAGGAGCAAAUAGUUCCAAAGAUGUAAUUCAAACCCUGUUACACCACCAGACACACACACACACGUACACACACACACAUCACCAUCAAGUAAAAUGAGAGAUCUGUCUCAGCUAACAUGUGGACCAUUUUCUACAAUGACUCCUUCUAAAAGAAGCUAAAAGAAACCAAGGAAACUCAAAUUACUUCUGGUAUUACUGUCUGCCUAAAGACCAUCUGCUAAGGAAAUGUAGUAGUCUAGAAACCAGAGAGCCUUAUAUAUCUUUAGAAGAUCAAGGAAGAACUUUUUAACGGAGAAUUAAAAAAAGCAGUAACUGUUUACCCAAAGUCUGAGAUGGAAGAAAGAAAAACUCGUAGCGAUAGUCCAAAGAAAUCUACCUUAGUGAGUAUCUUGAUUCUCCUAAGGUAAUCGACAAAACCUGUCCAGAUAUGCCUGAAGACAAGAUGAAACAGUGUGGGCUGGAUGAAGGGGAAGAUAUGUGUCUUAAAUAAUGGUGGUUAUCCAACCAAGAGAAAAGUCCACAGUGAUAUGGGACAGGGUUCAGCCUUAAGUCACAUCCUGCUCAAAUGUUUUUAUUAAUCACUUGAAUAAAAUCAGAGAAGAUAUACAACAUAUUCAUACAACUCACUGAAGUAAUUAUUGCUGGUAUUAACUUAUCCCAUUUUAAAGAGGAGAGAACUGAGGCUCAGAGAAGUUAAAUAACUCCUCCACAUGGUGGAGGAGCUAAACCAGAGCUAAGAUACAGAUCUGUUGACUCCAAUGUCUACUAUCUUCUCAGCAAUCACAGGCCUAUCAAAUUUGUAGAAUACAUAAGUUUUGAAGAGGCAGCUGAUGCAUGUAUUGGACCAUGAUUCAAAACACUGAGACCUUGCUAAAAGCUAAGGAGCAAUGAGCCAAUAAGGCAUUUACUCAUAUCAAAUUUCAUCUGAUUUAAAGUCUUAA